AUGAGCUCUCCGCGCAUCCCCAUCGAUGUCGCCGAAAUGGUCAUCGACGCCGUGGCGGCCCACGGAGACUUCAGGACCCUCGCACGCUGCGUCCGGGUAUGCAAGUCAUGGUUUUCCCGAAGCCGCUACCGCCUCUGGCACAGGCUCACCCUUUCCAGAGGCGAGCAGCUGUCCGCGGUCUGCGACACCCUCACGCACGACACCUCUCUGCGCUCGAUGGUCCAAAUCGUCCGGCUGGAGACUCCCGUACCGCGCUCGGAUGCCGACAAGCCACCCCCUCUCCCGAUCGCCGCCAUCGUAGUCCUUCUUCCAUACCUAGGCCACAUAACCGCAUGGGAGUUCCAUGGGCGGUUCCUUCCUUUCGAACCCAUUCUUUUUCCGACGUCUCCGGCGAUUCUAGCCUGUUUGCGACAAUAUCGUGCUCUGAGGAAGCUCGUCCUGCAGGACUGCGUUUUCAUGACUUCUCUGGACCUCCAUCGUCUUGCAAAUGCCUUCCCUGCGCUGCAGGACGUUAGGAUGGAUGCGAAGGUCCACAUCUAUGACGCUCUGGAGUUCACGCACCUCCGUACCCUCUCCCCCCCGCCUAUCUGCACCGCAACUUUCGGCGGACAGGUGCCCGGACGUCGGGACCAUACACACCACGCAGGCACUUUCGCGCUGUCGGCGGACGAACGAUACCUCCUCUCCGACGUCGCGCCGCCAGCCUCCUCCUCCUCCUCCAUCCAAGCGCGCACCUCGAUCUGCGUCUGGACCCUCGCCACCGGUUCCUGCGAACCCCACUUCCUCCGCUACCACGACAGCGCGCUCCCCGGGACCGACACCAAGUUCCACGCGACCGCCCUCCGCCAACCCCAAGCCCAAGCCUCGAACCGGCACCCUGCUCUCCGCCGCGGUCGGCUCGCCCGACAGAGUGACGACCGUCCUGCCCGCGCGGCUCCCGGCGGACCUCCGCUCCCUCUCGCACGCGUCCUUCUCCUCCGACGGGACGCGCGCGCUCGUCGUCACGCCCGCCCGCUGUGCCUCGUCCUGGACACGCUCACCGGCGCGACGAUCGCCUCCCUCGACGGCGGCUGCCACCCCGCCCUCGUCAGAGGCGUCAGCCCGUUCGUGGCGCUCUCGGGCGACGGCCGCGUCGCGGCGAUCGGCCGCGAGCGGCUGAAGUGGUGGCUCGGGGGACAGAACAACGAGUGGUGGACCUGGAGGCUCGAGGACGGGACGCUGCGCAAGGUGCUCGGACACGAGGACGGAGUCUCGGCCGUGUGGAUACGCGCGCUGUCCCGAGACGGUUCGGUCGCUGGGUUCGCGACUGCGAGAGGAGACGUGUUCUUCCGGGAUGUGGGGGACCGUUUCGGUGAGCCGUCAUCAGGUAUCGUGCUCGCCUAG